GGCGUUUCUAAAAUACACGCACUGGUCGGAAGUAGGGGAGGGGUUGAAGCUACACUAAACAUGGAAGAAAAGACAAGUUGCGAAUUGAAUCCCUAAAUACCUACAAUUUAGAGGAAACACCCCGACAAGCUGCUGGUGGGACAAGGAAGGACUGAACUCCUGUUGGACCCGGGAUCGUGCUCGCUGGGAUAGAAAUCUGUGUUCACUGUAGGAAGGACAUCUGUCUUCAGAGCCUUCUGCAUCUCUACGCUUGUGAUUGUUAUUGCAUUGAACGUAUCCCGCCGCAGAACCACAAGUACCGGCUGGUCAAUCUUCUUAAUGGUCACUGAUGUUUUAUUCCGAUUUAUGAUUGAGCGUUGAAGCCGUUGCAGCUUUAUAUCAGACAUACAUCAGCAGCUCUUUACAUCAACCCUGAAGAUAAACAUCUACACUCUUAACAUCUUAUUGUAGUUCCACACAUACGAACAUCCAGCGGAGCCUGACAGCUGACCCGACGGUUAACGCCACAAUCUCGGCAUGGAGCAGCACAUUUACGCAUCAGGCGUGGCCCAAAGGCUGAGGAGCCAGUGGGAUCGUAAUGAAGGUCUGGGACAGAAUCACAACGCCGUGAAGUUUCUGAGUCAAGACUACGAGAGUCUGAAGGCCCAGAGCGUCCAGAGCAGGAGGCUGUUUGAGGACAGUUAUUUCCCUUGUUCUGCAUCGUCUCUGGGAUUCAACGAGCUCGGCCCGAGGUCCUCCAAGACCGCCGGAGUCCGCUGGAUGAGGCCCCCGGAGAUCUGCAAGCGUCCCGAGUUCAUCGUCGAUGGAGCGACUCGCACAGACAUCUGCCAGGGAGCUCUGGGGGACUGCUGGCUGCUGGCGGCCAUCGCCUCGCUGACCUUGAACGACAACCUCCUCCACAGGGUGGUUCCUCACGGACAGAGCUUCGGAUCGGGAUAUUCAGGCAUCUUUCACUUCCAGUUCUGGCAGUUUGGCGAGUGGGUGGAGGUGGUGAUUGAUGACCGUCUGCCAGUGAAGGACGGGAAGCUGCUGUUUGUCCACUCAGCAGAAGGAACCGAGUUCUGGAGCGCUCUGCUAGAAAAAGCCUACGCUAAGUUGAACGGCUGCUAUGAGGCUCUGUCAGGCGGCAGCACGUCCGAGGGCUUUGAGGACUUUACAGGCGGCGUGACGGAGAUGUACGAGCUGAGGAAAGCCCCCUCCGACCUCUUCAGCAUCAUCAGCAGGGCCAUAGAGCGAGGGUCGCUGCUGGGCUGCUCCAUAGACAUCACCAACACGAGGGACAUGGAGGCCGUCACGUUUAAGAAGCUGGUGAAGGGACACGCCUACUCUGUGACCGGUGUGGACGAGGUGGUUUACAGAGGAAAUCUGACCAAGCUGGUUCGUAUUAGGAACCCCUGGGGGGAAGUGGAGUGGACCGGAGCCUGGAGCGACAACUCCAGAGAGUGGGACAAUGUGGAUCGCUCCGUCAGAGGUCGGCUACAAAACCGCAGCGAGGACGGUGAAUUCUGGAUGUCAUUCAGCGACUUUCUGCGUGAGUUCUCUCGUCUGGAGCUCUGCAACCUGACGGCUGACGCCCUGCAGAACAGCCAGAUGAAGAAAUGGAGCUCCUCGCUCUAUCAGGGCGAGUGGAGGAGGGGCAGCACCGCUGGAGGCUGCAGAAACUACCCAGCAACCUUUUGGCUCAACCCUCAGUUCAAACUUGUGCUGCAGCACCCAGACAGCCCCGGCCAAUCGGACUGCAGCUUUCUGGUCGGCCUCAUGCAGAAGGACCGCAGGAAGAAACGGCGGGAGGGCAAAGACAUGGAGACCAUUGGGUUUGCCGUCUAUGAGGUUCCACGUGAGUUUGUGGGCAGCUCGGGAGUCCACCUGAAGCGAGACUUCUUCCUCACCCACGCCUCCAGCGCUCGCUCAGAGCUCUUCAUCAACCUGAGGGAGGUCAGCUCGCGGUUGCGGCUGCCGGCCGGGGAAUACAUCAUCGUGCCCUCCACCUUCGAGCCGAACAAAGAAGCCGACUUUGUCCUCAGAGUUUUCUCCGAGAAGCCAGCCGACUCAGAGGAGCUCGAUGAUGACGUUGAAGCAAAGCUCCCAACAGAGACUCCGCUCGACGAGAGUCAGAUCGACGCCGCCUUCAAGAAUCUCUUCAGGCAGCUGGCAGGGCCGGACAUGGAGAUCAGCAACGCAGAGCUGCAAACCAUAUUAAACAGGAUCAUCAGCAAACAUAAAGACCUGAAGACGGAUGGCUUCACCAAAGAAGCUUGUCGCAGUAUGAUCAGCCUCAUGGAUACGGACGGCAGUGGGAAACUUGGCCUGACUGAGUUCCAUGUCCUCUGGGAAAAGAUUAAACGAUACCUGACCAUAUUCAGGCAGUUCGACUUGGACAAAUCUGGCACCAUGAGCUCUUACGAGAUGAGGAUGGCUCUUGAAUCUGCUGGUUUCAAGCUGACCAACCAGCUGUUCCAGCUGAUCAUCCUGCGCUACACGGAGGCCGACAUGACCGUUGACUUUGACAACUUUGUCACCUGUCUGGUCCGACUGGAGACCAUGUUCAAAACCUUUCAGACCAUGGACACAAAUAAAAAAGGUUUUAUGUCCCUCAACUUCACUCAGUGGAUUACCCUGACCAUGUUUGCCUAGAGAUGAAUGGACGCCUCGGUAAAUGUUGAACCGCAUCCUGCUGCAGCUCCAGGUCCAGUAUGAGUUGUUUCAGAAGUGCCUUUUCUUCCAUCAGAUCUUCCUCUCGCUGCUGAUGCUAAAAGACUGUAAAUUCAUCUCUGCAGUGCCUACAUUGGAAAAAUGUGCCAAUCUUUUGUUUGCCACCUGUUUUGCCAACAGAGGGAGGCUCGCAUUUGCAGCCAACUCUGCAGUAGCACUGUGAGCGCGAACGAUUUUAGCCGCACAAACAUUUCUCGGAGCCAGAGCGACUCUGAGAACAGACAUAAACAUAUUGGUUGAAUUUCAGUGGGUGGAGACCAAAAAAAUCCUACCUUUUAUAUUGGAUAUGUAGCAUGGUUGUUUGAGAAAAAUAAAAUGCAAUCUCUGCGUAUAGUUUCUUAAAAGUUCUUAUAUUAGCUUUUAUUCAAGUUUAAAAAGGUUGUAGCUAGCGGGUUUUAGGAUUUUAGCAUUUAGCAUACCCUUAGCAUAUCUCAGCAGAAUACCGGAGCUGUUUAUUUUUUAAAACUCAUGUAUAAAAUUCAUUUCUCUUUCUCCUAAAAAGUCUGGUUUGGGAUUUCAAUAUUGACGGAGAAAGACAGCCGAGCUAAGCUAAUUUAUCCAAAGCAAAGCUGAGAUCUUGAAGGAAAAAGAAAAGGGAAGUUAACAAGAAGCUAACUAGCAUUUAAAAUGUGUUUUUGGUGUCGACGUUGCUCCAAAACUCAACCAAUAUGUUUAUUUUAGCUAAAUUGUUUGCCCCCUUAAUUAAAAAAAAACAAAACACAAUUCGUGGUUUGUUUUUUGAUGGUGUAUUUAUCAGAAAUUAGUCACCAAUGAAAUGGGUUUAUCGUAAAAUUGGCGCUACAUUUUAAGAGAUACUUACACAUAACCACAUUUUUUUGACAUGGUUUUAAAAAUAAUGAAUUAAUUAAUGUUAAAACAGUCCUGCAAAAUAAUCUUUUCAGAGCUUAUUUUUGUAAACAAAAAGAACCAAAAAAGUUUGAAGUGGAGCCUGCUGUCCGCUGUGACAGUCUCGGUGCCACGCGUGGUCGACGUGGAGAGCUGCUGAGUGCGCCGGCUUGCUCUUCUGCCGACUCUUUAAUGCCACAUAUUCAAAUGAAUGUGCGGAGUAUGUAGCUCUGCUCUGCCUUUGUAGCCACGGGCACUUUGUGUUUGCGUCUUGUGCCAAACUUUAAUUUUAAGUCAGCAUCAAGAGUCCACUCGUGAAGCUCUGCGGGGCCCUGCAGUGCAGAGACGGCGGCGGUUUGUUGUAUCAUAGAGAAUGUGUUGGGUUAUAUUUCUUUAUCCUGUUUAGCUUUACUUAUCUUUAUGCAUGGCACUUUUUACUGAAAGAAAAAAAUCGUUUUUUUUAUGGUGGUUGAAACUGGAUGGUUUAAAAAAAAAGGGAUGCGUCAGCCUUGUUUAAUCUCGCCUUUCAAAGGGAACAAGAACACAUCAAUACUUUAGGUGAAGGUGAACUAUUACGCAAGACGGACGGGUACGUCGAGUGCAUGCAGUGUGAAAUGUGAAAAUGUUGUCUGCCUGCCUAAUAUCUGUUCAACGAGGGGAGCAAGUGUUUUAGUUUGUUGCCAAAAUAACACGUCACAUUUGGGGGGAAAAAAGUGUUUAAGUGUGGAAGAUUACAUAUAAAGUGUUUUCAUUUUCUUAUUAAGCAAAGAUGUUUCAAAUACCAAUAUUGUUUGUUCUGCGAAAAUAUGUAUUGUUUUUUUUUUUGUAAAUGUUAAUAAUUGAAACAUUUCAUUGAAAAAGUCACAGCCAAACAAACCCUUGAAUUUAUACGACAGUGCCAGCAUUUGUGUCUUCAGUUUUAGCAGCGUAAUUCUUAUGUAACGUUAGCUAAUGUUUACAUUGGUUGCAUUGUGGGUCCCUUUGGACCUGUUCAUCAUGCAAUACAUUGGUUCACUGUGCAGCGUCUCUGUAAAACUUCAAUACUCACUUUUAAAAUAAACAUUGGGAUUUCA